AUUAUGUUUUGUUAAAGCUCAUUGCGCAGUCGAGCGUGCGCGUAAGCUCUCUGCGUACGCGCACUCAGUGCAUUUGCAGAAAUCGAUAAAUUAAAUCUGGUGCGUGAAAGUGCCGUGAAUAUUAUUUCGUAUAAGUGAAUAUAAUUAUAUUGCUCAAAAUUAAUUUGGCAGUGACUAAAAAUUAAGAAACAUGGCUUCUCGGGCCACUCGAGCCCUAGCCUUAUUGCUCGUAACAGGAUUCACCCUAUCGCAAGCAUUAACCUUGGAUGAAGAUGCUACAAACGACGCCAUAGCUGCUUCAUCAGCAUCUGAAGAGCGGGAAGUGGCUAUACUGCUCAGAGGACCACACGAAAAGAUUGCCAGGAGGGAAGAACUCUUACACGGAAAAGUAACAGACGAAAGUGCUUUCUCUUUAUUCUAUAACAGCAAAAGUAAUAAAGUAUCCUUAGAGAGUCUGCACGGCGGUCACCUCAAAUCAAUUUCUUGGGGUCUUGGUUCUCAUCCUCGAGAGACGUUGCUUCUAAUUGCGACACAUGACAAAGUUAAACUAUACGUGGGCUGCCAGCCCCUACAUUGGCAUCCCAUGUCUGGUCGACAUGAUAUUCUUACGUUAUUGGCUAAUAAGAAAUUUAAAUUGUAUCACAAUGAAAACGCACCAGUAGAAGUAUAUGACAGUGAGAUCUCUGCACUCAAAUCAUUGAACUGUGACCAUCACGAUCUCAGCCCACCCACACUCGUCACUGUAGAUUCUGAUGUGGAAGAAGUGAAAGAUUUCAUAGCACGCGAAGAAAGAUUGAAAAGAGAGGAAAUGCAAGGCGAUGAUUACCGAACGAAUUAUAUUGAUCCCAAUAUUUUACCGACGCUUCCUCCACCAACGCCGCCAGCAACUCAAAGAGGAGAUAUACCUAAUACAGAUAUUGAGUCUUGUGAUGACGAAAUCAUCCGCCAAUUAAAAUUCCUUCGACAAACAAUAGAGCACCUGAGGCGAGAGUUGGGCGACCAAAAGGGGAUGAUAGACGGUCUGCGCAACCAACUGCGCGCCUGCUGCAACCGUGUCCCUUCACCAGCUCCCGUAGAACGAUGCUCUGGCUCUUCGUGCUACCCUGGCGUGGAAUGUCGCAACACAGCAAGCGGCGUGCAAUGUGGGCCUUGCCCUCAAGGAAUGGAAGGAGAUGGGAAGAGAUGCAGACCAGUUACUUGUACCAGAGGACGUUGCUCUCAGACUGAAUAUUGUGUCGACACUGAGCGAGGCUACCGCUGCGAGCGUUGUCCCGGGCGACAGACGAGCGACGGUCAGACCUGCCGAUCGGCGUGCAGCGCCAACCCUUGUUUCGGUGGACGUGUACAAUGUCAAGAUCUCCCUGAUGGAAGUUACCGUUGUGGCUCAUGUCCUGCUGGUUUCACUGGGAAUGGGGAAGAGUGCAUAAGAGUGUCAUGCAGACAGAUAUCUUGUUUCCAAGGUGUGGAAUGCCAAGAGACAUCCUCUGGUCCAAGAUGUGGAUCCUGUCCCACUGGGUAUUUAGGUGAUGGGCAAAGGUGUCAGCACAUCUGCGAGUCCAGAAGACCUUGUGGUGACAGGCGAUGCACUCCGACAUCUUCUAGUCCUUUCUAUGAGUGUGAAGGCUGCCCGAAAGGCUACGAAUGGAAUGGGUACACCUGCGUCGACAUGGACGAAUGCGAUCUGAUACGUCCUUGCGACGAAAUGGUCUCUUGCCGUAACGUGGACGGUGGCUUCAUAUGUGGGGCUUGUCCUCCCGGUUUCGAGGGGGGCUCGUUCACGUGCGUGCCAUGCGGGGGGCACUUCUACGUGAACACGUCGCGGCCGUGCAUCGACGCAGGCGAGCUCGUGCGCCGCUGCGACCCCGCGCGCUGCCGCCGGUACAACGCGGUCUGCGGGUUCGGCCAGGCGUGCGUGUGUGCGACCGGAUGGGCUGGUAACGGCACUGUGUGCGGUCCGGACCGUGAUAUAGACGGAUAUCCGGAUCACCAGCUGCCGUGUUCGGAGCGGCACUGUGCCGCAGAUAAUUGUCCGGACGUUUCGAAUUCCGGACAAGAAGACGCGGAUAAGGAUGGUGUGGGAGACUCAUGCGAUCCGGAUGCGGAUGGUGAUGGAAUACCUAAUAUACCUGACAAUUGUCCCCUAAUCGCUAACCCGGACCAACUGGACCGGGACGAAGACCGCAGCGACAAGAGAGGUGACGCGUGCGACAACUGUCCCCGGAAGUUUAAUCCGGGACAAGAGGACGCUGACCGGGACGGACUUGGGGAUGUGUGUGACCCGGAUAUGGAUAACGAUGGCAUACCAAACGAGAACGACAACUGCCCGCGUGUGUACAACCCACUGCAGGAGGACAUGGACGGCGACGCGACGGGCGACGUGUGCGACAACUGCCCGCGCGUGCGCAACCCCGCGCAGGACGACGCCGACAGGGACAACGUCGGCGACGCGUGCGAUAGCGACGUGGAUAGAGACCAAGAUGGAAUCCAAGAUGGUUUGGAUAAUUGCCCAAAUUUAGCGAACAGUGAUCAACAAGAUGUGGACGGCGAUGGGAAGGGAGACGCGUGUGAUGAUGAUAUUGACGGUGAUGGAAUACCCAACUUGGAAGAUAAUUGUCCUCUCGUACACAAUCCCGAUCAACAUGACGCGAAUGGUGAUGGUAUUGGUGAUGUGUGUGAUAAUGACAAUGACGGUGACAAAGUCACAAAUGAUUUGGAUAACUGUCCAAAUAAUUCGAAGAUAUUCCGUACUGAUUUCAGGAACUACAUGACAGUACGGUUAGACCCCGAAGGGACGUCCCAGCAGGACCCCAAUUGGGAAAUAGCUAAUGAAGGAGCAGAAAUUAUUCAAACUUUGAACUCUGACCCGGGUUUGGCUGUUGGAUUCGAUAAUUUUGGCGGAGUCGACUUUGAAGGAACAUUCUUCGUUGAUUCACAAAUAGAUGACGAUUAUGUUGGAUUUAUAUUUGGAUACCAGAACAACAAACGAUUCUACGUAGUAAUGUGGAAGAAGAACACACAGACAUACUGGCAGACAACACCCUUCAGAGCAGUGGCUGAACCCGGGAUACAACUGAAGGUGGUCAAUUCGAAGACUGGUCCGGGGAAAACUUUGAGGAAUGCGCUUUGGAACACCGAGUCUACUCCUGAUCAGGUCACCCUGCUGUGGAAAGAUCCCCGCAACGUAGGUUGGCGUGAGAAAACCGCCUACCGUUGGCGUUUACUCCACAGACCUAAGAUAGGUCUUAUUCGUCUUAAAAUCUAUGAGAACAACCGCUUGGUUGCUGACUCUGGAAAUGUUUAUGACUUCACCCUGAAAGGUGGACGACUUGGCGUGUUUUGUUUCUCCCAAGAGAUGAUUAUUUGGUCUAACCUCGUAUAUAGGUGUAAUGACAAAAUUCCAUCUAACAUAGUGUCCGAACUGCCAACGAGACUUCUGAAAAAGCUUGAAGUCGAUCACGACUUUGUUUACGCCUAAAUUGAAUUACAUGUAGAUACUAGCUUCAAACUACAUAUAUAAAAUCUGUAAAAAUCAAAUACUGUGAAGAUAAAUAUAUAUAU